GUGAAAUCUAAGAAUUAAAUACGGAUUAUAGCCAGGCUCGAAUUUCAUCGACAAUCUUGAGUUUUUUAUCUAUAUGAAGUUUUUGAGCAAACACGAAAGGCAUGACUCACGAUAGCCAAUAGAUUCAAGGAACGCGCGUCCGGCUUUGUAUUGCGGUUGUUUGUUUCGUUUUCUAUACCUUCUUUCAUGACGAGGAAAAGAGAGUAGCAAUGAUUUAAACUCUCGUCUUUAGAAUGACUAGAGAAUAAUCAUAGGCCGAGAAUCACAAAUUUUUAAGAAUUUUGAGCUCAGGAAGGUAUUCGGUAAAUAAAAGGUCUAUGUCCAGGCCAGGAGGUUACAGGAAAGCCCAGACGUCUGGUCUCGUUUUCAAGAAGAAAUUGUUUCCUUGUUGUUCGUUUUUGUUUUGCAUGGCUUUUAGGGAAAUGAAUCCAAUGUGCAUCAAAUAAAGCUCUAACCAUGCACAUUUACUUGAAAAAUGGUGAUCAACAGCGUUGGCUGAUAGUUGAACUGAUUGAUGGACACAUGCCAAGAUUGUCCGGCUUUUCUCUCAGUCAUUCCCAAGUCGCCGAAACACUAGAGCCCGCAAUUUGGUUCAAGUUGAUGGUCAUCGACUCAAUAAGCAUUGACUGCCAGAAAUAUGUUGUUAGCUGGAACACAAUUUCAACGGAUGCCUCAUCUGAAACAAGAUACUUGAUGUUUGAAGAUGAAGACCAAAGUUGCUACGACUUUAAUGAUGACAUUGACGAGCUUUACCACCUAGCUACCUUCCUCAUCACUACUAACCCUAUGGCAGUGCUAAAUGAUAAAGACCGGCAGAUUAUAAUUGAAGAUUAUGAAAGAAGUGUGUUCCGCAUGUUGCAUUGCUACAUUCUUGGGAAAAUAACUUUGAGACCAGAAGACAUUGUCCAGGUAGAGAAUGCUCUUGAGGCCCAGAACCAAGCAAUUCUUUUUUUGGAUGAUCUCAUGCUGAUGCACAAAAGAACAGAAGUUCAAUUAAUGGGUGACAUGAGAGAGCUACGGGAGUCGAGAAUCUUACCAUUUUUUAACAAGCUUUUGACCAAUGAAAGCUGUAAUAAUGGUUUGGUUUCCCUUCUUAAGGAAAAUGUAAUUAAAGAUUUGCAAAGAGUCCGAAAUGAGUUUGAUGUGGCACAGAGGCGAGUAGACAGGGUAAAGCUUGAGAUGAAUCAAGGGGCAACUAGCAGUGAAUAUUCCUCAGCCCUGGCAAAAGCAAGAGGGAAAAGGGAUGUUAUUGCAGCAAAAAUGUGCCAGCUUUUAGAGUGGAGAGAGAUGUUGGAUGCUCAAAGUAACAUUAUUGGAAAUUUUGUUUUAAGGGGACCUGUUGAGCCAGUUAUUUUAAGAUAUUUUGAACUUCAUGAAAAAGUAAAAGAAGAAAAACAUCUGGGUAAACUGGUUUGUGACAAAAAGGUCCGAGCAUCCAGCGUGCGUGCAUCCAUUGAGAGUACUUUAAGAGAUUUAAAAGCAGGCAUUGAAUCGGCUGGUGUAGAAGUUUCAAUAAGUGGACAAAAACCAACAGAUGUAAAUGAGAAUGGGCCUACUGCAGAGUGGCAAACCCUUACAGAACGCCUAGCUUCGAUUCUAUACAAUAAAGACCAUCCUGUUGGAAUGUUGUUCCUGAAUACAACAACAGAAAUUUCGAGACGAUGCAAGGAAGUUUUCAGUACGUACGAACAUCUAUCAAAUACCUCUUCAGACACUGAAGGCUUUGUGGAUAUGAAUAAGGGUAAUGUAAAUUUUUCUGAGGAUCUAGAGUAUAUAAAAUUGACCAUUCAAGAACAUUUUGAAAAAUCAUUAGGGUUGUUAAUGGAGUGCUUUGACAGAAGAAAUCCAAUGUUUUGGCAAAAAUUGCGACUUGGGUAUGAGAAAUUCCUUUACCAGGAGGUUGGAUCUUGUUUAUUGCAACUAUAUCGUGUAGUCAAUGGCAAUGUGAUGAUAAGUCUUGCAGAACGCGUCACGAGACUACGAGAUUUUCCUGUCUGUUCGCUUGGUCUGCAGAUGAAGCAGGAAUGGUGGCUAUCGCUGUUCGAACCGGUAGCUGCAAAUGCGCCAAAUUAUGCAUCGUGUGCACAGAAUGUUUGUUCGUUUGAUUCUGAUGACAGCACUGACGGACCAGCGCAUUGUUAUAGGAACAUUGAUUUGAUGCGAGAAAAGCUCCAACUCGGGACGGUCAAAGUUCUUUCGCGAUCUUUCAGUGAUAACGAUAUCAAUGCUGCAACGGGCAGCAAUUUAGUGCGUGCAUCAGCCAAUGUUAUGGUAAAAGAGAUAAGUUCAAAAGUAGUCCCGCGAAAUUAUUACGUACCUCUCAAUCUCCUUAUUGGAACAUUGAGAAAAGAGGAAGAUAUUCGUAUAAAUAUGUCAUCUUCUUCUGACAGUAUUUUUCGAACUGCUGUGAGUAGAAGAUCUCGCACAUUAUCGACGCCAAGUUUCGUAUCGACCAACAGUCGCUGUAGCUCGCCCGAUCAAGGCUAUGCCUCGCCCUCUGCUACUUUAACGCGCAAAGACGGUUUUCAAAAGCAUUUUGGUGGAGUAAUCACACACAUCAAGAAAGUGUUUGAUGUGAAAACACCCUUAAAUAAGAUGCAGCUUAUAACUGCUUCAUUGCGGAAAAUUAACGAGAAAGUUGGAGAGCUGCGGAAGAGUAACCCUGAUCCCUCUGCAGGCGGGUCUGAUGCCGUUACUUAUGCAGUUUCUGGUGAUGAGCUGCUACCGCUUAUUGUUCUGAUGUUACUCAAGCUAGAACCAUCACAAGUUGGAAAACUCUUUGUAGAUAUUUGCUAUACCUCCGACUUGAUGGCUGAUUUUCUCUCAUACGGUUGUCAUUCGUACUCAUUGACACAGUUUCAGAUGGCAUUUCGCGUUUUGAAUCAAGUUUGUGAAGAGUUAGAAAUUCCUUAAAGGUGGAAGUGGAUGGUACCUGGAGCCAACUUGUUGCUCGCUGUUUUUAUCAAAGUUGUAAAGUUGGCUAUUUUAUGCUAAUUGUAAUUUUAUCAAGGUUUUUAGUAUUGAUGUUUGCAAAGAAACACUAAAUUAUGCUUCAAAAUAACGAAGCGUUGUUUUUACACAUACUCUACGUUUUCAGAGCAAGUAGCGUCCCGUCCUAAGUCAUCUUAAUCAGUAGUUUUUAGAAAUUAGUUGUAACUAUACAGAUAUUGUAGAUGCUGUAAAGCAAGUUAGAAUUUUAUACUAGUAGCAGUAGUAGAAGUUGUGAGUCAUUUCUUACUAAGCUUAAUCAGAUAUUAAGCAUACAAGAUUC